AUGGUGUCAGGUGAGCAAAUGGCCUUCCUUUUUGGGACAGAGGAGGGCAGGAAUGGUCUUGGAGGGCAGCUAGUCAAAAGAUGCACAGAGCCAGAUGGCUGGAUCCGACCCAAGGUCCAUUUGGGCCACAGUCUGGAACACACCCCGCGACCAUGCCAUUUUGUGGGGUCUGAUGGAGGAAGCAGGGGGGGCUGGGGUGUCCCCUCACCUGUAGUAGGACUUGGAAUCCAGGAGAAAACUAUUGGAAUAGCCUUGUCAGGGGCUUAGGGAUGUGCUGGGGUUCCACAUCCCUUCCCUACGGGUGAGUAUUAGAUAAAACGAGAGCAGGGAGUGGAUCCCUCAGACUUGCCCCCUGCUGCCCGGGCCCUUUGCCCUCCACUCUGCGCUCUGCACUCUCAGAUGCGGAGGAGCCCUCCCCCCAUGAGGAACUGACAGCCUGACUUUUGCAUUUCAGCUGCUGGAGGAAGAUCAGCUGUACCUCCUGGAGGUCAUCCAGAACUGCCAGGCAGCUCGGCUCAGGGGGCUCCACACCCUGAAGUGCUCCAAGCAGGAGAUGGCCCAAGCCAUCAUGGUGAGUAAGCAGGAGAUGGCCCAAGCCAUUAUGGUGAGUAAUGGGUGGUGUGAGGGACCCCCAUGGGAAGGGAGGGGCUUUGUGAAAGGGCUUGUGCAUCUGCCAGAGAGGAGGACCCUUCUGGCUUAGGGCAGGGGUUGCCAAUCCCCUGGCGUUUGGGGUCGAAGCCGUCCUCCGUAGACCCCUGGAAGGAGCUGACUUUCCUCCUCUGCUCUCUUCCAGGACAUCUUUGGCCACUUGGAGCGCUUCAGGGAUCGCCCCCUGAGCCUGGCCCUGGCCUUGGAGGCCCUCCUCUAGCUGAGGUGAGUGGGGUCUUUGGAGUGGGUGGGGUUGCGGGGUGGGGGGCAGAACUCCAGGGGGAGCUCUGGGUGGGCAAGAGCAGGCAGGAGGGAGAAAGGGGCAAGGGAGACUUGGAGGAGGCAGCGUCUUACUGCUUCCCUUUCUCUCUCCAGCUUCAUGAGACCCCAUUUCAGCUGCGAUAUGAUCAGUGCUAUCCUGCAUAUGACAAUGGAGGCUGUUCUUGGGGGUGCAGAAAAGGAGGAGGUCAAAGUUGUGUGUCCUCUGCUUUGACAUCCCUUUGCACAGCUCUUUCUUCUUCUCACACCCUUGCAAGAUUUAACCCAGCACUCAACCUCUCUUCUCUCUUUUCCCACAGGAACUGAAGCAGCACUUCCAGAGACUGCUGGGGGGUCUCCUUCUGGAAGCCCCCAUUGCUGGCAUCCUCCUCCAGCUGCUCACUGUAAGUAUCCUGAUGGCAUCAGGGGUGGUUUUAGGGUUGCCCCCCGUCCCUUAUCCAACGGAUUGUCCUAUUUCUGGGGCAUGGAGUCCCCUGUCCCGUUUGGCCCCCAAUUUGGCCCAAGACCAAAACUGGCAACCCUCAUGAUUUGGGAGUGCCAGGGAUUCUGUGAUGGGGGCAGCAGAGGGCCACUUUGGCCCAGACUGGUCCCUGACUCUGAGGCACUCUUUCCUCCCGCAGGACCUCCCAUAUUAUGCCCUUUGGGGAAGUGAGGAGGGAAGGAAGCUAGCAGCUAGCAGCCUUUCUCUACUGUUGGCCGUUUCACAAAGAUUCCCCCACCUCAGAGUAAGUAUCUUGGCUUCUUGUAUCCCAUAUUAUGCCCUUUGGGGAUGUGAGGAGGAAAGGAAACUAGCAGCUAGCAGCAUUUCUCUACUGUUGGCCGUUUCACAAAGAUUCCCCCACCUCAGAGUAAGUAUCUUGCCUUCUUGUAUUCAUUUCUUUGGUUACUUCUAUCCCCCCAAGAGCACACUCCCCAGUGACUUUUAAUGCAGAAGAUGCAGUGUUCACCCUGAUGGCACCCUGGGUGCCAGGAUGAGGCCAGAGGCUUCUUCUGCCCCCUUUCCUGGUGUUGUCCUUCCACCUCUUCCCAGGAGGCUGCAGGGCCCAGGGAAGUCCUCUGGGGCAAGGGAUUGGGGCCCAAGCCAUAGGGAGACCUGUCCUGCCUGGCAUGGGGCUGCUUCUAUGCUCUCUUGCACCCAUCCAUGGUGGGGUUCGUAGUGUCAUCUGACCCAGAUUCUUUUUCCUUUGCCGAAGACAGUAAUUCAGCCAGACCUAGCCUGCUUCCGGCAAAAUCUGAAAGAAGGUAAGCCCCACACCUUAGGGACAGCGAACUCCCUUGUCCCAUGUUUGCCCAAGACACACAUCCCAGGUCUCCUGGGAGUCCUGCAGGACCUGCUCCCUGCCUGGCAGGCCUUUCCCACCUGGUCUGGGAGGGCAGCGCCCAGACUGACUCCAGCUACAAAAAGUGGAGAGGGCUGAACAGAUUUUGGGUUGGGGUCUUUUUGAGGGGUGGUUCCUGUUUCCUUUGCCCUCCAUGGCCUCUCUGCUCAGCAGUCUCCCUGCCUGAGCUGACGGAGCUGGUCUUACAGGCGGAAUUGAGGACUCCCCGACUGCUGGUGCUGGCAGACUUUGAAAUCUGUGCCAAGGCAGCUGGCUCUGGGGUGGCUCAGGACUUCCUGGCUGCCAUGAUGACCAACAGGAUACCGCCCCAAGGCAGGUGGCCGGCCACACUGGGCAGGAGAAGGGUGAUUAAAAGUGGGGGACCUUGACCCUGAGAAAUAGGUGAAGUAUCUGGAAAUAUGGUUAACAGCGAAAAACUCCAAUAUAUUUCAAGAUAAUUAUGUAAAGACAUGGAAAGAUAUAAGAAUAAAUCUUGAGUUAUGGGGAAGAAUGAAACUCUCUCUAAUGGGAAUAAUUUUGGUUAUAAAAAUUAAUAUUUUGCCUAAUUUUAUUUCAAACCACUCCAAUAGUAGGCAGAGCAAGAUGUUUCAAAGAAUAGCAAAAAUAUAUUUCUAGGUUUGUCUGGAAAGGGAAGAAACCGAUAAUUAAAUAUACAAUUUUAAUAGAUAUAACAUAAAGAGGUGGAAUUUAAUUGCCAGAUGUAUGGUUGUAUGAUGAGGCGGCUUAUCUCCCCUUCUCCCCCAAACUGUGCUGCAGUGACUCAGAUCAGAGUCCAGCUUGGCACCCACCCUCUGGAGCAGGGAAAACAAGCUUGCUCCAUCUUCCACGUGACAGCCCUUGAGAUAUUUGAACUUGGUUAUCUUAUCUCCUCUCAGUCUCUUCUUAUCCAGGCUAGAUAUACCCAAUUUCCUCAACUGUUCCUCAUAAGACUUGGUUUCCAGACCCUUGAUCAUCUUGGUUGCCCUCCUCUGCAACCAUACACAGAUACAUUUACCUUAUUUUUGAGUGAUCAAAUUGUGCUUCCAAACUGAUAGUCUGGGACCACUCAAGCUCAGUUCAAGGAGGAAUCAUAUUGACAAUAAAGGGAGAAAACAGGGUUCAGAAUAGCAUAAUGAAAAUAAUUAAUGUUUAUCCAUUAUUUUAGGGGAAAGAACUUCACAUACACUUAUCAUGCCAAGGAUCCAUGCACAUUUUGUUUUUCUAAAAUGACAUUUUCUACAGUGAAGAUAAUAAUGGCAGAUUUCAAAUUUUAAGUGUGGUAUUGCAAUCUGUUAUUUUGAAUAACAUUGCCAAGAAGAUCUGCCUAUGCCUUUUCUAAUUAUUGGUGAUUUGAUGAAUUACUAAUAGGGCAAUCCUAUCAUUUUACUAGAAAGGGGUGACCAGGACAUUUAUUUAUUUGCUACAUUUAAGUACCACCCUUUCUGUAAAACAAGUCAAGGUGGUUUACAUUUUAUAAUAACAAAGGUAAAAUCAAAGUCCCCUGAUUCAAAAGUAAAAGAAGUAAAUUUAGGUACUGACACUUUCAUAUGGUCACAUCAUGACCCAGUGUGGAGUGGUCACUGCAGGAGAGAUGUGGAGCCAGUAGAUGGGACAUACUGUCUCUUUCUGAUUUUUUAAAACCUUUAAAUAUUAUAAAAUGUGUAAUAAAGAGGGAAAAAAGUUCAUCAAAUACAAUAUUUGUAAGCAGUGCUUUGUUUUUGUUUUUUGGCAAAAAUAAUAAUGAGGUGCUGAUACUCAUACAUUGAUUAAAAAAUAUGCUGCGUUUAGAGUAAUAAUUCCACCAGAGUUCAUUCUCACAACUAUUUUCAGCCAGACAAGGAUGAGGAGUCCUCACAAACACUGUGAUUUACAAGUAUCUUUUUUAAAAGUAUCCUAAAACAUCUGGCCAUUAUGUUCCUGAAACAGUUUAAAGAUGUUUUGAAUUAGUAUUGUAUUUAUGCCAGUUUUGGCCUAUUCCUGGCAACUGUAAAUUGCUGAGUUUAAGUAUGCCAGUUUGAAGGGCCUAUGGUUAGCAGCCAGUCUUUAUAAUUUAUGUAAUAUUCCCUUCAAAACAACAGAAGGGUGACCUCAUCCAUUGUGAAUCAGCCAAAUGUGAGUUGUAAGGCAGAGGCUAUUCAACAGGGAAUAUCUUCACUACAUAAACAGUUAAAUCAUUCAGAAAGGAUAAGAAAAUACUGUAGUUCACUUCUGACAGAAACAUGUCCAGUUGUCAUAAUUAAACAGGGGGGUGGCAUUUGAGUAAUUUUAAUCAAUAAAUUAAAAAUUGCAGCAGCUUCAACUUUUAAUCAACUUAAUCCAAAGAUUAAUCCAUAGAUCAAUCAACUAAAGCAUUAUAAACAUUGAUUUAUGAAAAGCUAUAUGAACACUUGUUUAUGUGUAAUGAAUUGGUUACUUGAACUGAUAUUUUCCUUGCAUUUAAGAAUUACACUCAUUGCACUUAAGAAUCAGCUUUCUGGAUCAGAGCAAAGAUAAUCCUUUUUCCAGUAGUGGCCAACUAUUUCCUGCUAUGUGCCACCAGCAUCUAAUAGCAAUGUGAAUUGCCUUUGAACAUAGAGGUUUAAUUAUUAGCUAUUGUACAUGAUAGCCUCUAAUAGACCAGUGGUGGUGUGUGUAUAUGUGUCACAACAGAGGGGAGGGGAAAGGAAGAAGCAAGAGUCGCAUACAGCAGAGAGAGGGGAUAGCUAGCCCCUUUAAAUCUAAGACUAAACAUUGAUUUUAUUCUAAAAACAACAAUUCAGCUAUUAUUUUGUUGCACUUUUUUAUAUAAGAUGGAACAGAAAUUAUUGUGUCUGCGUUAGUAUUCCAAUGAAGAGAGGCUGUGAUAAAGAAUGUGACUGCUGGCCUCCUGACUCCACAAUGAUGCUGCCAAUGAUGUAUUGGGAGCUGACUCCGAUUGCACCAUUUUCGAAAUAGCCUCAGAUGGCACGAAGAAAGCAGACAGAAAGGCAAUUCACAAUGUGGGCAUAAUGUUGCUACUUUCCCAGGGAGCUAGGUUAUAUCUUUGCAUUGCAGAAUGAUUCCAGGUGAGUACACAUUUUUCCUUCAUUUUAUUCAGAACAAGGCAGUGACUACACAUAGAUCUGCAUUUGUUAAUUAAAAAAAACUUGAACCUCUUUCUCAUUUUAUCUCUCUCAUUUUUUUGAUGGGGCGACGUGUCUAUCUGCAGGAUUUGAGAACCUCAUGCAAGAUGUGCUGUGGUGCUUCAGUCAAGUGAAAGGAACUAUUGACACAGGGGUCACAGAAGGUGGGUUUACUUUUCCUUUUGUUCUUGAAAUGAAAAGGAACUUGUUUUCUUGCACUAACUGCUUAGUCAAUGAUGACUUUGUUCCAGCUCUUCUUGUGGUGAUAACUUAUGCUGCAAACAGGUAGCAAUGAUGUGUCUUUUUUUAAAGGUAUGUUUUAAGGAGGCCUUAAUUAACUGUCACUAAAAUGGGAGCAUGAACCUUUCUGCAAAUGCAGAAAUCCUUCUCCUCACAUUCUUUUUUUUUUUUUUGAGGGGGGUAAUUUUCUUCUUUUUCUUCAUGUUGACUAUAUUAGCAUAUUAACUACUGCACUGUAUACAAUUUAUUGCAUUUCUUAUCAUAAGAUAUGGAAAAGAGAGAGUACUAAAAAGUGAUCAGGAAUGAUGGGCAUUGCAGCACUCAAUGAUCUAUUUGUUCCUAGUAGUUCUGGGACAUGUUACAGUCAAAUCAUGUCCCUCUCUCCUUCUGUCUACUCACAAUAAAAGCGGAAUAUGCCGCCUGCCGUUUUGGGAACAAACUUGAAGGGAUAACUGUUCUGGUCUUUGCACCCCGCCCUUUAAACAACUGAUGAAAUAUAUGCUCCUGAAAUGGAGAAAGUUUCUACCAGCCAGAUCCCACAUGGGUAUAGAUUCCAGAUGAUUUGCAGGGCAAGGGAGGCUUUCCUUCACAAUACACUCAGAAGUGGAAGUUGUUUUUUUUCCAGAACCAACUCUUUCUUGCAUUAACUCUUUCUACCUCAACCUGUCUCCUAAUCUGUUUCCCUACCUAUCUCCCAACCUCUAUUCCAACCCACUUCAACCAACCCUCUCUCAAAUCCUCUCAUUUUAAACUCUCCUUCCUGGAACCAUAGCCAAUCAGAGGCUGCCAUUUAUUAACCAUUUGCUGGCAGCGAAAGAAGGGGGGGGACACUUGUUAAUCCAACCAGCCCAGCAAAAACAACUUUUCCGUCACAUGUCUCACCCCUCAUUGCAUAAGCGAGGUUGCAUACACCAGCCUCCACGCAGCAAUGGGCAGGAACUAAAAAACACUUUGGGGGUUUGUUUCAAUUUUCAAAUACACUUUAAACCACAUUACAAACUUUUGCAUCUCAAAUAAACAUAUAUCCUGGCACCACCUGUUUGUCCCUUUAUCUAUCUAAAGGUUUUGUGACAGGGCAUCUGCAAUUGCCUUAUCCUUCCCUCUGCCCUGUUCAUAAUAAGGUUUAAGCAUGUUUACUUGGAAAACUUCACAAUGUCCACCUUCCAAGUUUAAACCAACCACAUAGUCUACAUUGGGGAGUCUACCAACGACAUGGAAGGCUUUGACUUUGUUCUGCGGUCAGACCAAAGCGCACUUUCAUUCUCUCUUUAAAUGUGAGGUAAUCAGAGGUUUCAUCCUCUCUGAGAUCCGAGUAUAUUUCACUCAAAAUUCCACAUAUCUGAGGGUGCAAGUACAGCAUCCAGUUUCCCUCAGGAAUGUUUAAGUCUUUACAAGUCCGUUCAAAACUAAAUAGGAAUGCCUGCACACCAUCACCUUUUACAUACUUUGGAAACCUCUUUAUAUUAGCUGAGGAAAAAUCCCCACCCCCAACAUGGGUUGCGGCAGUUCUGCUCUCAGCUUAAUUUCCUCCAUUUUUAAAAGAAACAUAUCUUUUUCAAGGGCCAUCUUGGCCUCUCUUUCUCUGUAUUCCUGGGCUAAUCUGGCAUCUCUUUCUUUCUCUUUUUCCUCAUGAGCUAGUCUGCUCUCUCUCUCUGCCAUAUCUCUCUCAGUCUGUUUCUGUGCUAGCUGAAUGUCAGCUGUCUUUUGUUUUUCUUUCUCUGCUUCAACUUUAGCCCUUAGUCUCAUCAUCUCUAAUUCAGUACUGUAUUAGGAUUUUCCUCAGAUGCAGCAGCUCCCAGCACUGGGUCAUCCUGAGUCUCUUUGGCUUGGUGCUUGCUGGUUAUUUUCUGACAGAAUUUUUUUCUCCUUUUAAUAAAAUAACUUCACUACUUUAUUGUUAUGUAUUGGGUUUAACACAUUUUAGGUUACAAGGCGUGUUCUAACCAAUCGUAUAAGCGUUGGUAGAUGAACAUUCUAAUGGCAAGCAAGCGCAUGCACUUUCAACUGUCAACAGUCAGUUCAUGCUCAACAUUAUUAUUGUGUCGUCCAGUCAGUUCGAUUCUUGUUUUCCUAUGAGUGAGCUGUUGUCACUCCCAAAUGUUGAAUAAACGUAGUUGAGGAACUUAUACUGCCUUGGGCUUCUGACUUUUCCCAAAUAUUUAACAUUUAUUAAACUGGUUGUUCUAUAUCUCUGGGUAUGUUUCUGUGUGGGUUUUAACUUCGGAUCAUGGCGCUGCCACCAAUUAAUAUGCGACUACACUUUUCUCUCUCAUGCUGUUGGGCCCGCUCUCAUUUAGAUAAAUUGCCCCCACCUCACUGAACAGCACUUUAUCCGAAGGUUUAUUUUCCUUUCCUCUUAAAAUUCUAGCCCAGAGUAUCCUGUGGGGGAACUUUGUGAGGGAAUAUUUAGUCAGUUGGAGUCUCAGCCAGGUUUUCUUUAAAUAAACAAAAAAGAUUUAUUUAAGGCAAGAUAGUAUAUAACACAAAUGGCUUGAACUUAGGUUAUUUCAGGCAUACAAUACGAUUAUACUUUGAUUUGUUGUCGGUUGCAUUUGCGUUAUAGGUUUGGUUCCUUUAUACGGUGAUACUUUCUUUCAGUUAUACACACCCUUUAACAAUCCUGCUCCUGAGGUACCUUAAGCAAUAGACCAAAGGGCUCUCCACACCCCCUCCCUUCACUGGGUUUGGGAGAUUCUUCUUUUCCUCAGAAGAAUCUCUCCCCUCCAGACUAGAUUUGAGUCCCAAGUAGGUUGUUCCUUUCCAGCUCCUACUUCCUGGCUCAGCCUCUGCUUCCCAGUAAAAUUCUGGUCUAUUCCUCCUACAGGACCCCACACUCUGUCCUUCACAAUACACUCAGAGUGGAAGUUGGUUUUUUCCAGAACCAACUCUUUCUACCUCAACUUGUCUCCCUACCUAUCUCCCAUCCUCAAUUCCAACCCACUUCAACCAACCCUCUCAACCAACCAACCAACCAACCAACUCUCAAAUCCUCUCCUUUUAAACUCUCCCUCCUGGAACCACAGCCAAUCAGAGGCUGCCGUUCAUUAACCAUUUGUUGGCAGGGAAAGAAAGAAAGAAAGAAAGAAAGAAAGAAAGAAAGAACACUUGUUGAUCCAACCGGUCCAGCAAAACCAACUUUUUUGUCACAAUGGCCCUUCUCAUCUCCUCUGUUGCAGUCCUAAAGUGGUGAGAGCUAGAAGUUGAAAUGAGGUUUCUCUUACUGCUGGCUUGCUGGAGUUUGAGGAAGGCCACCUUUUUUGCCACACAGUUUCUACUUGCAUUACGGAGGACAAGAAUGUUAAUCAAUGUAUAUCAUUUACCACAGGCUAUACAUCUCUAUUAAUUUUGGGUGGAAUUCAACAUUGCUGUAAGGCCAUUUUUCCAUCAGCACAGGCAUUUCUGCUUGCCCGACUUAAUAAUCUUCCUCUGUGUGCUGUUCUGGGGGUUCUUCCAAUCCCCAAGAGCUGACUUGAAGGGUGCAGGGGGGAGGAGACAGGGGGAGCUCUAUUGCACUAUGGGAACUCAUUGUACUUGUUACUGCUAGCACACCUAUUCAGCGCUCCAUGACAUGUUUGGACAACUGGGGCACAAAUAAAACUAUUAUAAGUAAGACUAGGUAUGCACCUUCUAGAGUACUGGGGAUCCAAGCCAGAGGUAUUUGACCCUACUGUAUUCCCCUGCUGCUGUUUUGUGUUUUCCACUGGAUGUCUUUGAUUUCCUACUUUCAGUUUCCAGGGUGGAGGGGAGGCCUCACUCUGCACAUUUGCUAUGAGGGAUUAGUCCUUCCCCCAAUUUCACCCACAGCUCAGAGAAUCCUGGGAUGAUUUCAUGUUGUUUGAGCCAUUGCAUUUCUAUUGUCCUAAUAUUGGGCACAUGAGGCAAGUCAGCACCAUGGAAAGUUCCAAAUGCUAUAAAGGGGCAAGCCCCUGGCUUGGAAACUGAGCACUUCUUUCUGACAAAUCCUUCCAGGCAUGUUGCCUACAUUGAUGGGUUGGCAUGAAGAUGCAAGUUCUUUGAGUGAAGGGGAUUAAUUCCUCAGGCAGGGCAGGAUCCGAAGGUAGGGACUCAGGCCUGUUUGGUCCAGAUGCUAGCAUUAGAUUUUUCCUCCCAUGCUGCUGCUCUGAAGGAUCCGGCCACACCUCCAUUGGAGUCAGAUCCUAGCCUGCUUUCUCAAAAUGGGGUCCCAUUCUGCUUAGGGUUCAAAAGCUCUCUGAAGAUACCAAACUUCCACUAUUCCAACAGUUGCAUGGGGUCCUUUGUUCCACAACUUUUAAACUCUGCCAUCUGCUAGUGUAAGGGCUCUUGUGUUAGCAGACAACCCUUCAUUUUUUAGUGAUUUCUGGAUGCUAUUGUAUACUGUAUAUGUAUACAACUUUGUAACAUAUUACUGACAGCUGGGAAUCAAGCCUUUAAAAUCUUGGAUACCUUGGAUAUCUGACUCUACAAUAUCAUUGGAUUUGGCUGUGAGCCCAACUUCAUUGGCUUCUUUUUUAUGCUGCUUGCUAAUUGCUUUCACAGUUUGCACUCUGCCGUUUGCAUAGAGAGUAAAGUGCUAUUAGUUAAUGCAACCUAAAAUUUCAGCCUAAAUAAUUAAGUAAGAGCCAGCUACCAUGAGACUAUGGCUAUUUUUGUGAAUAUGAUUUUAAAGUAGAGUGAAUUUACUCCAAGGGAAAACUAAACCACCAAUUAUAUAUACUGUAGCUUGGGGUGGAGGGAGAGGACAGGCAAUGUUUAGGGGAGCAGAUUUAAAUCCAUAAAUGUGUUCUAGGGUAGACCAAAAACCAUGGGUGUAGCCAAGGGGGGCAGGGGGCAGCUGCACCCCUAAAUCAAGUAAAUCAAUAAAAAUACUUGACUGAGGUUCUCCCCCCAACAAAAAAACCCCCAUAAAUCCUGGCUACGCCCAUGCCACCCCACCCCCCCAUAUAUUUCAGGUUAAAGCUAAACCCAAACCAUUUCAGUAUUGAUCUGGAACAAUUAUUGAGAUCCUGUGUCUUGGAAACCAACCCUUUAUCUAUUUAUUUAUUUUUAUUUAUUCAUAUUACUCUUGAAGACAAAUGUACAUAUUUUUCGUUAUGCUUUCUUUCAAUACUACUUCCUCUUCUAAUCCAGUUUCCAAAGAGAUAUUUCAAGCAAUUUCCCCAAAACAAUGGCAUAAACAAUGUCUUAGGGAAGUCCUUCUUAGCACUUUCCAUUUAUCAAAUAUAGUAGGUAAUUUCAAAGCUGACAGUGCUAAACAAACGAGAUUCAAGCAGUGAUAAUUUCCUUGAAUUGAUAUUACACAUUUAUUUGUCAGGAAAGCUGGAGGCAAUGCUCUGAGUAGUACUAAAAAAGGAAAAAGAGAUUGAAUGAAUAUAAUUUCAUAUCCAGGUGUAUAUAAAAUAUUUAAGAUAAUCUGUGUGAAGUACUAAGUGCCAAUUCAAGAUGCAUUAAUACUUGGUUUAUUGCAUACUUGUUCUUUCAAUCACAUUUCUACUUAUGCACGCGGCUGCUAAGCACAUUCCUGUUUGUGUCAAGAAAACCCAGAAGAUGUUCAACCAGCAUGUCCUGGAUCUGCACUGUAGAAUUCAAGAGGGUGAUAAGUUCCUUAGGGUCAAACUAGAUGCAAUAUUAACUGUAUGUAAGCAAUUAGCAUGCAUGGUUCUGAAAUUUUAAAUUUCUGCAAUUAGAAAGGAGAAGCAGGUUUGCAACUAUGGCACAUUGUGAUGGGAAUAGCCUCCCCUCACCCCAACAUCACCCCCAAAGCCAUUAGAACCAGGAAGAGAAGUCCCAUGGGCAUAUUGAUCUUUCUGAGCAAAUACCAGGGAUAAACCAAUGUAAUUGCGAUAAAAUCCUUUCUAGAAUAUCUUUAAAACAAUCUAGUGCGGUGGCUUAGAAUGUCAGCCUUCGACACCAUGGAGUCAUUCAGUCAUUCCCUUGCCUCAACCUCCUUAGGUAGCAAGUAACAAACUUUCAGCUUCCACUGUCUCAUAUGUACUAUGGAAGUAAUAUCACUGACUCACCUGGGUGUGAAGAUUAUUUAAGAAAAUACAGUCGUACCUUGGAAGUUAAACACCUUGCGACUCAAACGUUCUGGCUCCCGAAUGCCGCAAACCCGGAAGUGAGUGUUCCGGUUUGCAAACGUUCUUUGGAAGUGGAGCUUCCUGCAGCCAAUCGAAAGCCGUGCCUUGGUUUCCAAAUGUUUUGGAAGUUGAACGGACUUCUGGAACAGAUUCUGUUCGACUUCCGAGCUACAACUGUAUAUGCAAAACUUUGGAUGUGAGAAAGGCACUAUAUAGAGGUUAAAUAUUUCCCCCCCCCCCCCGUGCUCUUAUUUCUUCUAUGCUGUGUAAAGUACAUUAGCACAAAACUGUGAUGCUAAAAGUAAUUGAAACUGCAAUCCCUAUGUACAUUUCUGCAUAGACAAGGUGGAGGCUGGUUAUAACAUUUGACGAAAGUCUACUGUAGACCCUUGAUUUUAAGUUUCUUCCCUCUCCUGAAGCCCAACCCUAUUCAUGUUACCUGGAAGGUAAGUAUCACCGGUUCCAAGGGAACAAGUCACACAGGACUUAAUUUCGAGCACGCAUGGCUAGAUAUGCACCGUUCAUUAGCUGUCCUGUGACACUUUCCUAGGAGUAAACCUCAUGAAAUACAGUAGGGCUUCUGAGUAAACGUACAGGGGCUCGCGCUGCACAGCUGCAGUCCUCUGUGCCCUAACUUGGAAACAGGCCCUACUUUAAAUCCAUGAGCUCAGAUUCUCCAGUUAGUUCCUUCCCGAAAAUCUAAACAACUUCUACCGGUAGCCAUGUUGUGCUAUGAGCCAUUCCAGCACCACCACCCCAAAAUAUAAGGGGAGCGGUGGGAAGGGCGGGCAGCUCCUUCUCGACCAGCCAAGCACCUUUAAACGUGCGGAGGAAUUUCCCUUUCUGUAACAGGUUCCCCCCCCCCUUCCCCUGCGGAGGAAACGUCUUUUGAUGCCCAGGGCUCUCCGCAGAGUCCGGGACACGAUCCCGCGCCCUGCUGAGCAGAGCGAGGCGCUCUCCGGUCGCCUCGCGCGUGUGUUUACAGGCGGGAGGGUCUUAGUCAGCAAAUCCUGCUCCGAUGCGCUGCAGCCAAUGAGGAGCCUCGUUCGGAGUCGGCCCGCUCGCCGGGGGGCUCCGGAGUUGGCGCUGCUGGGCGCGGGCAGAAAUGCGAGGCGGCUCUCGCGGGCGCUGAUGGCAAAAUGGGGUCGGGCCGCCGCCGCCGAGGCGCUUUCGCUCCCGCCGCCCUGCAGCUCUGCCGGGAGGGCUGCCGCGCUGCGCCGUCGUCCACCAUGUAG